AUGUUGCUGCUCAGACUGACCCUUAGCCUGGUCCUCCUUGGCUCCUCCUGGGGCUGCAGCGUUCCUGCCAUUAAACCAGCACUGCAUUUCAGCCAGAGGACGGUCAAUGGGAAGAAUGCAGUGCCGGGCUCCUGGCCCUGGGAGGUGUCCCGGCAGGACAGCAAAGGCUUCUGCUUCUGCAGUGGGUCCCUCAUCGGCCAGUCCUGGGUGGUCACGGCUGCCCACUGCAAUGCUGUGGGUGUCCCUGGCUGCCACUUUGUCAUCCUGGGUGAGUACGACCGAGCAUCCGGGGCUCAGCCUUUGCAAGUCUUGUAGGUGUGUAGGCUGUGGGGGCACCCUUCCUGGAAUCCCACCACCACGAACAAUGAUCUCACAUUACUGACACUCGCCUCCCCAGCCCAGUACACAAUGUGCAUCUCACCAGUUUGCCUGGCUUCCUCAAAUGAGGCACUGCCUGAAGGCCUCACAUGGCCGGCUGGGUGCCUCAGUGGUGUGGGCAGUGUGACUCGGGCACACCUGCGGGGGCUGGUUCUGCCCCUGGUCACCGUGAGAUGGUGCCAGCAGUACUGGGGCUCAUGCAUCACCAGCUCCAUGAUCUGUGCAGGGGCCUCCUUGUGCCAGGUGAGCGCUGGGCCCCUGUCCUGUUCUCUGCACUUCCCUGUGGUAUCCCCACUCCCCAUGCAGACUUCUCCCCUCUCCUUCCGCCAGGGUGAUUCUGGAGGCCUGCUUGUCUGCCAGAAGGGGAACACAUGGGUGCUCACUGAUACUGUCUCCUGGAGCACCAGUGGCUGCAGUGUGCCCACGCCUGCCACGUGCACUCAGGUCAGCAGGUUCAGUACCUGAGUCAAUCAGGUCAGAGCCUACAACUGAGCCCACCACAGGCUCCGCUGGGGUCCAAUAAAUACCCCCUGUCCUGCUGUCUAUUCUGUCUUCCUGGUUCAGGGAAAAGGAGAGGCUUUUGGGGGUC